AUGGAAGAUCAUAUUGAAGUUGCUCGUCCUUUUGAUGAUAUCAAAGAUAUUGAUGAUUCAAAAGACAUCUGGACUCUGCCAGUUAGAAUCGUUGAUGUUUGGCCUGUCAUCAGUAAAUUUAAGAGUGAACAUAUUGAGAUGGUCAUCAUGGAUGCUCAGAGUGGUAGGAUUCAGGUGACUGUCCCUAAGGAAUUUGUGGCAGAGUUUAAGCAGAUUCUGUACUUGAAUAACACUCUUGAAAUGGAAAACUUUAAGGUUUGCAAAAAUGAAAUUGUUGUGAAGGCAACUCCUCAUCCAUAUCGGCUAAUUGUCACCGGAGCUACUGUCAUUACACCAGAAGAUUUUCCUGCAAUUCCUUUGGCAGGGUUCUGUUUUAAGGAUUUUGAAGAUGUUCUUGCUGGGAAGUACAGACCAGAUCUAAUAGUGGAUGCAAUUGGUGCCUUUCAAGAGGUGACCAAUACAAACAGGAGCUCAGGAAGGCUCAAAUCAAUCACAUUUCUUCUCAGAGAUGCUAGGUAUGAUAUCCAUAAACCAAAAUCGGAUGUAGUAUCAUUAUGUUUCUUUGUAUUAUUAAAUGUAUUUAUGUUAGUAUUGUUUCUUUCGUAAAUGUAGUGGGA